CAGUCCUGCUCCGCAACCUCUGCGGGGAGCAGCCGGGGCCGGUCUCGGGACUCAGUGGUCCGGUCAGCGAGGUGUGAGCCCCGGCGAUCGGCCGUGCGCACCGUCUAGAGUGACCACCGAGCAGGACUGCGGCGUUCUCGGGACCUCUCCCGAGCAGUCCCUCUGCCAGUAGUUACCAUCGCCCCGACUUUCCGUCCCAGUUGCGGCUUCUCCCGGGCAACAUGUCAAGAGCCGCCGCCGCUCCAGCUGCCGCCGCCACCUGGGGAAGAGCAGACGCAGAGGCGGCCGCGGGCGAGCGGGGGCAGUAAACCGAGUCACCCGGACCUCCAGCGGGCCAAGGAACGCUCUCGGUGCUCACGGCUCCGGCGGCCCGCGCUAUGUGCUGAGCCAUGUCCCUGGGCGCGCCCGCGGGCAGCGCAUGGGGCAGUGCUUGAGCGGUAGCCGGCCCUGCCUCGAUGUCCCCGGUCGGCUCCUGCCGCAGCCGCCGACGCCCCCGCCGCUGGUGAGGAGGAAGCUCGCGCUGCUCUUCGCAAUGCUCUGCGUCUGGCUGUACAUGGUCCUGUACUCCUGCGCCGGCUCCUGCACCGCGGCGCCCGGGCUCCUGAUGCUGGGCUCCGGGUCUCGCGCCGCACACGCCUCGCCAGCCCUGGCCACAGCUCCGAAUGGGACGCCCUCCAGACUGCCUUUCCGGGGGCUGCAGGCCACGGCGCUGACUGCGGGCAAGGAGAUGGCAGAAGGCGCCGCGAGCCAGGAGGAGCAGAGUCCCGAGGCGCCGGACUCCCCCAGCCCCAUCUCCAGCUUCUUUAGUGGGUCUGGGAGCAAGCAGCUGCCGCAGGCCAUCAUCAUCGGCGUGAAGAAGGGCGGCACGCGGGCGCUGCUGGAGUUCCUGCGCGUGCACCCCGACGUGCGCGCCGUGGGCGCGGAGCCCCACUUCUUCGACCGCAGCUACGACAAGGGCCUCGCCUGGUACCGGGACCUGAUGCCCAGGACGCUGGAGGGUCAGAUCACCAUGGAGAAGACGCCCAGCUACUUCGUCACGCGCGAGGCGCCCGCGCGCAUCUCGGCCAUGUCCAAGGACACCAAGCUCAUCGUGGUGGUGCGGGACCCGGUGACCAGGGCCAUCUCGGACUACACGCAGACGCUGUCCAAGCGGCCGGACAUCCCCACCUUCGAGAGCCUGACGUUCAGAAACAGGAGCGCGGGCCUGAUCGACACGUCGUGGAGCGCCAUCCAGAUCGGCAUCUACGCCAAGCACCUGGAGCACUGGCUGCGCCACUUCCCCGCGCGCCAGAUGCUCUUCGUGAGCGGAGAGCGGCUCAUCCGCGACCCGGCCGGCGAGCUGGGCCGCGUGCAGGACUUCCUGGGCCUCAAGCGCAUCAUCACGGACAAGCACUUCUACUUCAACAAGACCAAGGGCUUCCCCUGCCUCAAGAAGGCGGAGGGCAGCAGCAAACCCCACUGCCUGGGCAAAACCAAGGGCAGGAUCCACCCCGAGAUCGACCCCGAGGUGGUGCAGAGACUGCGCGAAUUCUACCGGCCCUUCAACCUCAAGUUCUACCAGAUGACCGGGCACGACUUUGGCUGGGACUGAAUGCAUCCUGGUUCUGUUUAUGUGACUUAUAUAUUGAGAGAUUAUAUGUAUGUAAAAUGUACAGAAAUCUAUUUUAUAAUAAUUUAUUUUUAAUUCAUAAGCAAUUAAUUCACUAAGCUGCCUAGCCACACUCUUUAGAGAGUUCGCCUCAUGAUCUGUUAACAUUCCAAAGUGUUUAAUUCUGAUGUUUUGUGCUAUGCCUCACAAUGGAUGGUGCUUCCAUUUCCCCCCUUCCUUCCCUAUUGUAUUUAAAAAAACAGAAAAGCACAACUUGAGAUUUUCGUUGUUACGGGUAUUCAGCCUUCAAUUGCUGCCCCAGUUCACGGUUGCUGUGUGUCUGUCUGUCUCGGUUCCCACGUUCUGGCUUCCAGUCUCUUCCUGCUUGAGCACUGAGCUGCCCCCACAGCGCUGUAUUCUGAAGGUCAGGCCUCACAUGGCAGCUUUCUUAGCUGUGUGUAGUGAUUUCUAAGGGUGUAGACGCCAAACCACCAUGCUGAAGGUUUUCCUCACCUCCACUAAGCAUGUGGGGUAUCACCACCUUCGCAGGGACAGCCACAUCCUUUUAGAGUUUGAAUGACAGGGUCCAUUUCUUUUAGCCUUUGGCGUUGAAGGGUGGUCCAUAGUCCCUUUCUGCCCCAUUCCUUGGUCCAGUAACAGCUUGGAGUGUGUGCAAAUGUUAGCCCCUCUUGCCCAGAUCACAUGCCUGGGUGCUGCUUUAGCAAUAAAGAUGACCUUUUCUAGCUUGCAUAGGUGCACACUGGGCUCUUUUCUCCGGGAAGACAGUUUUGCUGUGACACACCAAAGAAUUCCAUACGCUUGCAGAGCCACUGGCACAAACCCAAGACCCGUGGAGGUCACAAUGUCGAGACCCCUGGAGGUCAGGUGCAUCCUUUGCCAUGUGCAUCUACCAAGCUGGUAGGGCUGGUCACUGCUGGCCUGUAGGAUCACAGCCUCCCAAGGGAGAAAAGACAAAGACUCAGAAUUGAGAGGCAGCCUAGCAGAGGAACAAAUUCCCUGCAUCCCUGUUCUAGAAAUUCUUAGCUCAUCUCAGAAGGACCGUAUAGUCUGUAGAUAAUUCAAACAGCAAGAACUAGGAGUGGCCCACAUUGAAAAAAGGUGGUGCCAUCUCCUGUAGGUACUUGGGCAGCCAGUUUCAGCCAGGUCUUGGCAGAAACAUUCCCAGCAUUGCUACUGCUGUGCAGACGGCUUUUGUCAUCUGUCUGUGCUGCAAGUGCCAAUAUGGAUCAUUUAUAAUGAACAGCUGGUGGCAACCGGGUAACCGUGUGGUGACAUCACAUAAUGAUAUAUUUAGUUAAUCUUCUGUUUGCUACACUAGCAUCCUUCUAUCACAAGAAAAUUGGUUUUUGAGUUAUACUUUCCUCAAGGAAUACGUAGGAAGAUAUACUGAUUGUCAAAGUGGUUGAAUUGUGAUAUUUACAAAGAAUGGUUUUGUCUGUUUUAUGGGAUAACUUGACUGACUGGAUAAGAAACGUUGUACGAAAAGAGGAGAGAAUAAUUUAUAUAUAGAAACUAAUCCGGAGGCGUUACUGGUCUUUCAAGUGACAAUUUGCUAGUUUAACUUGUGUUUGUCCACAAAUUGUAACCCAGCUCUUAGCAGCAAAAAUAUUUGGGGAGGCUGAGUUUAGGAUCGAAGGUGAUUAGAGGCACAGUGUUGGCCUUAGAUGAAAUAUUCCAAUUUAUAGAAUUUUUUUAUUGCCUCUGCAAAAUGAUGUGGAACCUACACUUAGUACAACACGAUAAUCAUGGCAUGAUUCUCAACUCGUCUGUGUCAAUAAGGGUGUUAAUUGGCUGUGCGUUUUCUGUCUGGAAGGCUCACUGGCAAUCAGCGUGCAAACACCUCCAUGAAGUUACAGCAUAACCUUGCUUGAGGUAAUGUGGUAUCCAAGACCUUUACCACGUCUUGCCCUGUUGACUUUCUGGCUGCUCUCAGGGUGUAACAUGACUCAUAAUAUAGAAUCGCAGAAUCAGUUCAGAGAAAGCUAUGUAACAAAAUCAUAGGACAGCGUGUGUGAGCUUUUCUUCCCCUUUAGGUCUCUGACCUUCCAAGCUGGACAGUUUUUGAUUGUUUAUUCCCAGCUUGAAACAGGAAAUUUUCAGAUAGGAAGGUCAUUUAGUCAUGAACACUGAAGUGGGUCAAAAUUUUAUUCUAGGUCAAGUCCUUGAAUUCAAACAGAUGUUGCUAAUUAGCACGGAUGGACUAGGACAGAUUUUUCCAAGUAAGACAAAUAAAUAAAAAAAUCACACGCAUCUCUUAGAAGGCUCUGAAGGCUUACGGCUCCUGACUGAUCUGAAUGCUGCGUCUGCUCCAAAGUUACACCUUCUCGUGUGAUGGUUAUUGUAGCCUUUCAUGUCAUCUUCUUGGGGAGAUAGGCAGCCCAGAAAACUGAACGUGGGUUUCUUCCUCUGUAGCCAUCUACAAGAUCAUCAAGUUUUAACAUUUGAGCUGUUAGAAGCCAACCCCGUGUCAUAUUCUGGCAACUCGUUCCAACACAUGUUUUAGGUUUCUUUUAGGAAGUACAAAAGGCAAACCUCUGGUAUUUACUACAGUGCUUUAUUCUCAGUUUGGUUUCUUUCUUCAUUUAAUAGUAAUAAAAAAAUGGAGAUAUCCAUUGACUGUUUGCUUUGAGAUGUUUGUGUGCAGCUAUCUGUUAACUGGAUAGGUAAUGCCUGCAAAGUUAUUUUCAGACAGUGUAAUAAAUUCUUAACUGGAUGAUUGAGGAGAAGAAGUUGUCUUAUUGGUGCGAUUCUCUUUGUGAGUCAUUUUGAGUGGCGGACAAGUUUAGACCUUUGGAGAAACACAGUUGCAGAUGCUGUGAGGGCUUUUUGGUAAAAAAAGAAAAUAGAUGUUUCUAAGGAGUUCAGUUUAUCGGGAAGAAUGGUUCAUUCUGUUGAAAGAUGUGCUUAGAUUUUUUUUUCACUUUUGUAACAUUAAUUUAUGCCUGAGUUUCAUUCAGCCCCAUCAUCUAAAACACUGUGCAAAUUCUGGCAGUGUCUUCUGUAACCUGGGUUUAGAAUAGCCGAUAUGUACAAAAAAUUAAAUCAAGUAUUUUGUCCUAUGUAUAACACAAAUUAAUUUUACACAGAGAAAGACGUUUCUAGGAAAAUGAAAUUCUGGUAAUUCAUACUAUUUCUUUGUAUGAACAAAUAAAAUCUAUUUUACCAACUUG